AUGCUUCUACAACUCUUACUACACCUGAGAAGAAUUACCAUCUUCACUCAGGGAACUAAGCUCAACUCCACAGCCCACAGAUGGGUCGUGCAGCUGGCAGAUUUCAAUUUCUCCAUAAAGUAUCGCCUGGGAAAGAGCAACGCAGAUGCAGCUGGCCUUUCUCGGAUGCCAGUGGACAUUAACAGUUUCAUGGAGCAGAGCACAGGAGGGGUGAGUCAAGAGGUCAUCAGUGCUUCUAUUCAAGGAGUGUUGGUGGGACAGAACACCCCAUUCAUCUGGGUCCAUCCAACUACAAUGCAAGCUUUACAGAUUGUUAGGAAAACCUCUCACCUUGGACCAGAUUCUGGAAAGCCAGAAAAACGACCCUGUAAUAGCUUGCCAUUGGAGAGCUCGGAAACAAACCUGAAACAAAAGACAGUUAAAGAAACAAAACCAAGAAAAGACAGAGAAAAGGUGAAAGGAGUACAAAGUGACAUGUCUGGUAGUGAGGAUUUCCAAGAUGAGGAUUUGGUGUUCCAGUUUCCUACUUGCACUGAUCAAUUCAGAACGCCUGCUGAUCUCAACCCGGAAGCAGAGCCCUUCAGACCGGUAGAGGAGCGACAUGGAGAAAGACAGAGGAAAGAAAUUGAGGAGACAGCUGAGGCUCUACCGGAGGAUCAAAGGGUGGUGGAUCCUGUAACACCUGAGGACCAGUCAGAGUUAUCAGUUGAUAGCGAAUCAGAAAAUGAUGACAUGGACACACCAUACCUGAAUACUUAUCCAAGGAGAGAGCGGAACCGUCCAUAAAUCCUGACGUAUGAAUCUGUGUUGGAACUUGAUGUGGAUAAACUGAAUGUGAAUAAUACUCCUGUAGCCCAGACACUGUGGCAGCCAUGGACAAUGCUGUAGAUCAGGGCUAGUCAACUGGCGGCCCGCCAAUCAUCUUUUCCUGGCCCACCUUAACAUUUCAAAUAAGUGGAGAGACGUUAACAAAGGUGUGCUUUAAAUGCACGUCCUCCUGAGAUGCCACAUCUUUAAAAAUCCAAAACGCUGCUACAUUCAAAACGAAAGUAAUUCCCGUGGCUCAUAAUGUUUUACGUCUUAUAAAGCGAUUUGAUCGGUCAGUCCAAGAAACUUAAUGUUAUUUACAACGUUAUAAUCAGCAAUGCAUUGCACAGCCACAGGCAAUCGGUUUGCGUACGCGAUAGGUGUGUUCUAAAACGCGUUUUGUGCCCUUGAAAGUAGGCUAACUGUAGGAAGGGUACACCACGUGAAUGGUUGUCUCAGAUAAGGGGAAACGGUGUUGUUUUUAUUACUGCAUUCAUUAUGUAUAAUGGCUAUAUUUACGAAAAACAGCUGUUCAUCUCCCCUCAGAACUCGCACUAUUCAAAGGCUCUGCCCUAUAAGUGCGUGGGGCACAUGAAUGCGAUCGGAAUUCACCCGAAGAUGUGAUAAUAGCGUUCAGUUUCUUGCACGGAUCAAUUGACUCGCUUUAUAAGACGCUUAUUUAACGUCACAAGGGGCAAUGAUUACUUUUGUGUUGAAUGUAUUUGCGUUUUUUACUUUUAUUGAUUUAACUUUAAUUAAUUCAACCAAAUAUCUUCAUAAAUGUCUUCUUGAAAAAAUAAUGCCACCCACAUCUCGAUGUACUGGAGGACUGUGGGUAAGUAAAUUAGUAGCAAAUUUUGGGUAAAGUAAUGCAUUAAGGAAUAUAAAAUACAAGACGAUAUCCCUUUUAAUUUAAUAUCAUGAAAAGGCACAAAUACUGAAUGCAAUAUUUGUGUGCAUGUUUUAAUCAUGGCCUAUUAAGUAACAGCAACAAAAACAGUAUAAAAGGAACAAAACGCAAUAAAUAACAGAAGAAAUGAGAAUAUGGUAAAAAAACUGGCCCGCAUCCUAUUUAUACUUUUGGAAUCUGGCCCUCAAAGAAAAAUAGUUGAAGACCCCUGCUGUAGAUAAUCCAUUGAAAUUACAUUCAUUAAAGAUCCUCGACAAGGACUUCAGUGAAGACGGGUAUGACAUUUAGUACUUGUAGCUUUGUCUAGGAAACGAGUGAAAACAUAAUUGACUGUAUUGAUUAUGUAAUGUGGAUAACAAAGAGAGUAGUAGACGAUAGAAUUGUUGGCCAAAAAUGAGUCUAUUACAAAAGUGUUUCCAAUGUGACAAAUGUUUACUGAAGAAGUGUCAAGAUUUGUGUGACCAUGUACAAUGCAAACAAGGAUUUUCAUAACCUAUUGUAGAGAGUGAACUUUAAUAACUGAGAAAUUUUGAGUUAUUGAUUUGUUUCACAUAAAGGAUUGAGUAAUUAUACAGGAAAGUUAACAUCAAUAUAUUUGUAAACAUUUUAAUUUAGUAGGGGAGAGUGUAGCGCAAUGAGUGUUUUUGUAUUGCACUGCUGUAAUGUGAUUUGGGAGAGGGUAAAACGUAUGUGUGAUGGGUAAUGCAGCGUGAUCUUAAAAAGAAUGUAGUCUCAGGAUACACCAGUAGAUGGCAGUAGAGUUGCGGGGAUGAGGAAAGGAACUCACGUGAAAACCAGUCUCGGUUUUAUUAAGUGUAUUAUACAUUGAUUUAUGUGUUCGCACGUGUGUUGCUACGUGCUAAAGUCAUCUUGCUCAUACCAUUUCAUGACGGAUUAAAAUGAUCUAUGUAUGUUACAAAAGGGUUCAUUCACACGUUUAUAAGGUGAUUUUUGUAGAUUUGAGAAAACAGAACUCACGUGAAAUCUCAUGUGAAUUGUAGAGCAAGAGUUUCGUGUGACAGCGAGUGCCGCUAUGGAAACUGCUAUUAAUAUUUUGCAGAAUAAAUUCAACUUAAAUGUGUGACCUUCCCGGAAAAUCCUUCUUUCACGUCUGAGAAGUGUUACACUACCAAUAAUUUCGACAAA